AUGAAUGUGUGCACGCCAAAAUACGAAGCUGACAAUGUGGAUAACAACGGUCGAAUUGUAGCGCAAAACUCGUCUGUUUCGGACAUCAUUUCCUCAUCGGUCGUGCAUAACAUUGUAUUAGUUGAUGAUGCUCAUUACGAUAUGCGACAUGAACAGCGUGGUGUGGCAGUCAUAUUCAAUCAUAAGCAUUUCUUCCACCUAAACAAACGCCAUGGCACUGAAACGGAUUGUAGCAACAUCCGGCAAGUGCUGUCCGACCUACAGUUUGAGGUGCGUGUGUAUGACGAUCUAAUGCGAAACGAAUUAAUACAGGUGCUGGACGAUCUAGCGGGAGAGGAUCACAAGAAUAGAGACUGUUUACUGGUGGUGAUUAUGACACAUGGCGAGGAUGACAUGUUGAACGCGAAAGAUCGCACCUUUCGCGUUGAUCGUCUGUGGGAAAAUUUCAUCGGCAAGGCGUGUCCAUCGUUGCUGGGCAAACCAAAGCUAUUUUUCAUACAGGCGUGCCGAGGCAACAGCUACGAUACCGGUGUUUGUCUGGAUCAUGCCGUCAAGCAAACUGCUAAAACCGUUUCAACAACAUCCGCAAGAGAAUUGCACCAACCAAGCAUACAGCCAGGGCGAUCAAAAUCGAUUCAAUAUGCCAUUCCAUCGAUGGCCGAUUUGUUGGUGAUGUACUCUACCUACAAAGGUCAUUAUUCGUGGCGAAAUUCUACGCGAGGAUCAUGGUUCAUUCAGGCACUUUGUGAUGAACUGCGCAUGCAUGGAAACAGUAAAGAACUGCUGCAACUACUGACUACUGUAUCACGCAAAGUUGCCUACGAAUUUGAAUCCCACGUACCCCAGAACAAUGUUAUGAACAGCAAGAAACAAAUGCCCUGUAUCGUUUCAAUGCUUACGAAAUUAGUAUAUUUUCCCAGGAAGUAA